AUGGAUUCCCGUACCCGCAGAGAGCGGCUAAACAAAGAGAAGCAGCAGCGUUUCUUGGGCGUAGCAAGCAUCAGAUUUGGAGCCCUAAGUUUCGACUGGUGCCGGCAACAGAAUCCGCUCAGAGAAAGCCCAGACGAGAAGAAUGUGGCUAGUUUGGAGACCAUGUUCAGACGCGGGUGCGACUGGUCCCCGGAGCAGGUCAGCCACCAGAUCCCGGCCUUGAUCGAUCCAACACUGCUCGAGGAAAGCCUGCAGAGAGCUGAGAACAACCUCUCCCUCGAAAGUCUCAAGAAGGAAGACGGGGUAUUUGCUGAACUGGAUCUUGCCGAUGGCAAAGUCAUCUGCCUCAAAGGUGAACACCGAGUUCUGGCCUCUGACGCAACCGUGGCAAACCGAAAGAAACGUUGGAUUGUCCGCUUGUACUCAACAGAAACAGAUCUAAGCGAAGAUGCGAGACACGACCUGGCAAACGAGAGGGUGAGCGAGAGACAAACGACAGAUGCUGAAUACUUUUACAACAUCACUCUGCUGUGGUUGAAGAAUGGCGGUCCUGGACAAGGACACACACCCAACCCAUGGUUCGCCCAGCUUAUACGUCAUUCCGAGGGCAAAGCGAAAGCCCUGAAGCGGCUAUGGUCGGGUCCGUCUUCUCAAGGAGACGUACUGAGGCGAUUCCAUGAGAUUCCCGCCCUCUUCUGGGGAAUCAGCCUCGGUAACAUAGGGAAGAUAAUAGCCAUGCCGAGACAACAGACCCGAAAUCAGAUCAGGCGGGUGUUUGACUUCUGGGACUACAUCUGCUGUCACGAUGUGAGCAUGAAACUGAGGUUAGAUAUGAACACUGUCAAGGCGGUCAGUGGCAGAGGGUCAGGUGCCUACGCCGACCUCAACCUUGCCAACAUUGGCGAGGUCUUGCGUAACUUCGACGCUCCAGAACGAGCCGCCAUCUUGUCUCGGCUUGAAUCAGCCACGACGGACCGAGCUGUUCCAACGUUGGACAUUUUCUUCGGGAACGUAAACUAUCUAGAGAAAAUUACCGAUUGCCUGAGACACCUGGUCCCACCUGGCCGUCCCGCGCGGGACCUAUGGGACGAUUUAAAUCAUGGGUUUGUAGAGAGAGGCGAUGGCCGUUGCUUGUUACAGGUAUCUGACACUCGUUUCAAACUGGUUCACGUCGGCGACAUCGAUCAAUUCGAGAUCGCACGUAGACAGCUGUGGCUUUUUGCUUUACGAGAAUUUCGAUCUUUACCUCGCGACGAAACGCCAAAACGAGCUGGGCCCAAGAGCAGCGUAAACGAGGCGAAGCUCUUCGAGCUCGCGGUACUUGCUCAUAGGCUCGGAUGCCGAUCGGAUCAGAUAGAUCAUAUACGGGCCCACGCGUGCUGGCGACCAUCCUCUUCACAGCCCGCCUCUAUACACGAUCCGGACAUCGUCACGAAGCCUUAUAAGCACGGCAAACCUUAUCCUGAGGACUUGGAGAGGUACAAAAGUUCGCUCUUUCUUUCGAAUUUCCAUAAGCCGUUCGACUCGGAAAGUCUUGAAUCAUCCUUCUUCUUCACCCAACGAUCGCUCUACUUUGACAUCUACCCAGUUGAACCACGCGGUAUCGACGUGUUACUUCAAAGGGCGUCCGAGGUGGGCGAGUACGACCUGGUUGACGAUGAAUACCGGCCUCAAACGCAUGGGGCCAGUGAACAAUUAGUACGCCAAGAGGAGCAACUACGCGCAUCCAUUUCUGAACUGCAGGAGAGAUAUGACCAGUUACUCUCGCUAGAAUCGCAGUACCAGAGAAGAAGAAUUGACGACAAAAAGCAGGAAGAGAAUAAGCUCGACGAAAGCAUCAGAACCCUCAAAGCGCAGGGACAGAUUCUGGAAAAUCGGAAAACACAACUUCAGACUGAAGUAAAUCAAGGAGAAGCGGCUAAGAGAGAUCUGGACACAGAGUACCAGACCCUGUGUCAGAAGAUUUCAGACGAGCGACAGAGUCUCUCCGCCCUCAACUCCAGGAAAGAGACGGCCAGUGACGACUUAGAACGCCUUGAACACCAAAAGAAGAAUGUUGAGCAGGUUAUUGACACCUUGGAAUCUCGCAGGAAGGAACUCGAAUCAGAAGCACAGGGGGUGAGAAAUCAAGAGGAGGAGGCAGACCUUUUUCCGUUCGCAGGGGACUCCCCACCGCCCAUGUCCGAAACCGCAGACUUGCGAGAAAUCGAAGAGGACAAUCCACCGCUCACGCCUGAAACCUCGGACUUGCAAAGGAUGGCAUUCCCGGUGGAAGUAAUCGAGCAACAAGGCUACAGUAUAGCUGACAAGGAUAUGAGGACGUUGACGUCUUACACAUGCUUUAGAGCGUUGGAGAUCGAGGAAAAGGAAGAGAACAGGCUCAUAAUCCUUAUCAAAGAAAACCUGGUAUAUAGUGAGCAUGAUAUCUUGGGAGAUAUUUAUUCCGAAACCGCAGACUUGCGAGAAAUCGAAGAGGACAAUCCACCGCUCACGCCUGAAACCUCGGACUUGCAAAGGAUGGCAUUCCCGGUGGAAGUAAUCGAGAAACAAGGCUACAGUAUAGCUGACAAGGAUAUGAGGACGUUGACGUCUUACACAUGCUUUAGAGCGUUGGAGAUCGAGGAAAAGGAAGAGAACAGGCUCAUAAUCCUUAUCAAAGAAAACCUGGUAUAUACAUUUUACUUGGCCUGGCACAUCUCUGCUGGUCCGCAAUUUGCCCCAGUGUACGUAAAAUGGCUUACUUUAUACUCUGGCACUUGCAAACUGCCAUGUUCCUUGCGCUGGGCUGUGUGUACUGGUAUGGUUUCUGAGAGUGACACUGAGUUUAAGUUUUUCAUGGCGAUCCCAUCUUACAACUCUCAAUUAGGUGUGUAUGGCAUUAUCCCAUGGUCAAUGGCGCGUGCUGACAAGAAGUGGCUGACGCGCCGUACCAAGGGAACGCCAUUCUGGGACUAG